CAGGUAUGUAAUAGUUAGAAGAAAUACACUUGGAGAUUUUAAACGAAAAAUGUCACAUUCAUUUACUGUCAUCAAAAUUACGUCAAAGUUUUAAUACACCCCUUUAAAUAAAUUCCCUCCAAAAUUCUCGCGAUAUGCCUAAACAAUCAAAGGAUAAGGUAGCAGCAGCCCCGAAAAAGGAUCCCCUAACCGCCAUGAACGAAAUGAUCCAGGAGAAACUGGAAAAGACACGAGCUUGCCUAAGCUGCUUGCAGAACCAAUUAAAGCAGAAGGAAAUGCAAGAAAAAAUGGGCAUGGCGGUAAUAACGAGAGUUAUGAACCCGGACGAACCCGAAAUGGUGUCGUUCUCUUAUCCCAAUCAAGCCAUUCUGGAACUGUUAAUGUCAACGGCCAAAUCUUUGGCAACACCCGGCAAAGGUAUAUUUACCAUGGACGAAUUUGUCAACAAGAAAUUGGAAAUCCUCGACUGCCUGGACCUUCAUUACGUAGACCUCGAAGAAGACGAUAAACUAAGAACGACUAGGAUUUCGUCGGACUUAAUUUUGAAAGGGUGCGUUAAUCCCUGGGCGGAAAGACAAACACUGGAGGGUACCGAUAACAAUAACGAAAUCGAAAUGAACGAAGAGCAAACAGAAGAAGAGGAAGAAAACGUUAUUUUAGAAAAGAAACGCAGAUACGUCGAGCUUCUAUUGAAUACAGAAAACCUAGGCUCUGUUAUGUCCGGAAUCCUUUUGACUAAUUCCGAAGUACUACAAAUGAAAACGGACGAUGGCAAAUCGCUCGCGGAUAUAAUACAGUUCAAAGAUUUGAUCGUGGGUACAACCCUCGACUUGGACAGUGAAGUAAGUUCACUGGGAGAAUGCACCCUGUUAGGUUUAGACAAUUUGGCCAGUAGAAUCAUAGAAAAACGCAUGGAAGGCUUUCAGUUUCUAGAAGUCAAAUGCCCGAUCGAAAUUUCUCCAAGACACCCAUCGCCGCAAACCAUCAACGAAAACUGUAGGGUGCUGGGACGGUUUUCUAACAUCUGCCAGGCGAACAGGAUGCUACCGAUUUUAAAUUUAGACAUCUUUGCCAGCAAGAACGAAAGUCUGGAAUUAGCCCAAAAGAAAACUGAAUCUAUACUGGUGGCAGUGUGCAAAAAUCUGCUGGACAACUACGUCGUUUUAGAAGGGAUUUUACUAAAGCUUCAUGUAAUAAAUCCAGGACCGGACUACACUGAACCGACGACCCCUAGACAAAUUGCAAUGUCAACCACUGUAACCCUCACCAGGUCCAUUCCACCGGCAAUACCAGGAAUUAUUUUUGAUCCUAAUAAAUACGAAGAAGAGGAUUUUCUGAUAGUGUUUAACGAAGCUAAUAGAAGAAAGGGGAAAGUGCCGUGGACCUUGAGCUUCAUGUACGGCACUUUUGGGGAGGAUUCCGUCUUAAAAGCUUGGCAAGGAGAUGAAAAUAAUGUCGAGAAUGCCCAAAAGGUGUUCUACUCGAAAAUAGACGCCUACCAAAGGGCUGCGUCAGGAUCAUUUCAACUGGAAGGGGGACUUCCGGUGGAUUGCAAAAAAUAUUUCUUUUAACUAAAAAUGAUAAUU